AUGAUCCGUGUUCCUGACUGGGCAUUUGAGGCUGUUGGCCUGGAAAUGAGAGUGGGCCAAGAUACUGCAUAUCAUCCUGGUCUUUAUUUAACUGCAGCUCAGAGAGAAGCAGUUGAGGCACUGAUUCAAGAGCUUCCAAAAUUUAGGCUGAAAGCUGUUCCAACGGACUGCAGUGAAUGUCCCAUCUGCCUUGAAGAAUUUCAUGUUGGCAAUGAGGUCCGUGGGCUACCAUGCGCGCACAAUUUCCAUGUGGAGUGCAUCGACCAGUGGCUCCGGCUGAAUGUCAAGUGCCCACGGUGCCGGUGCUCCGUCUUCCCCAACCUGGACCUGAGUGCGUUGAACAAUCUCCGGUCGACCAGCGAGCCGGAUCAUCCACCCGCCAGCACCCGCGAUGUAACAACGGCAACUGCAGCAACGAGAUAUGUGAGGUCGCAGCCGGCAGGGCAAAGCUAUUUAGUGCGGUUGCAGGGGCUGCUGCUCCGCCCUAUCCGGCACGAGAGCGUGGAGAGCGACGGUGAGCCGGCGGUGGCUAACAGUCGCUUGGUUGGCCCCGAAGAGCUGCCUAGCAUAGUUGUAGACGAUGGCCAUCAGCUGCCAGAUCGCUGA